AAAACAACCCCACACACACGAGAGAGAGAGAGAGAGAGAGAGAGAGAUGACAAGAAUAGCACUGAUUGUAUUUCUGAUAAUCAGUCUCGUGGUAACAAUUCCAUGGAUUCAGAGCCUUGAAGAUGGGCCUGACCAAGUGAAUUGGGCCAAGAGACUUGAUGGAGAAAAGGGGGUUGUGACCAACCUCCAAUUCUAUUUCCACGACACGGUCAGUGGGCCGAAUCCAACUGCAGUUAGGGUAGCCGAAGCUUCGGACACCAACAAUUCACUGACCCUAUUCGGUUCUCUGAUGAUGGUGGAUGACCCGUUAACAGAGGGCCCGGAUCCAUCAUCCAAGCUCGUGGGCCGAGCCCAGGGACUCUACGGCUCAGCCGCUCAGUCGGACUUUGGUUUAAUCAUGGCUCUGAACUAUGGGUUCAUAGAUGGGAUAUACAAUGGCAGCUCUAUUAGCAUUCUGGGCCUUAACCAGGCAAUGCAUCUGGUCCGCGAAAUGGCCAUAGUCGGAGGUACUGGGCUUUUUCGUAUGGCCCGUGGAUAUGCCAUUGCCAAAACCUAUUGGAUGAAUCCUUUAACUGGAAAUGCUAUUGUAGGAUACAAUGUCACAGUUGUUACUUAGUAACCGUGACCAUAUAUAGAUGCCAUCUUCGCACAAACUUUUUCUUGGAGAGAGGAUGAAAAUCACAGAAGUGGCAAAAUGGAAGCAGUAAUCUUUAGUAUAGCAGUGAAUGUUAGUAGAAGUACCAUAACUAUAGGAGUAGUUUGAAGGUUACUUAACCUGAUCUUGAUUACUUGUGAUAUCUCUUCUUAUUGUUGAUUGGAGUUAAUUUAGUUAAUUUCAUCAUUUAUUCUUCUUCG